AUGAUGUGUUAUACCUAUUUUGAGGAAUUAGAGCGGAUUCGUGAUCCGGAUGAAGAAGAUGCAUCGGACGAAGAUACUGAAGAGAACGAAAUUUCAGUUUCCCGUCGCUUCAGGGGACGCCAGUCGAACCAAUCGGCUUCUCGCACCGCAUCCUCUACAGGCACUUCUAGCCCUUCAAUUUCCUCACCAACCUCAACCUCCAAUAAGCGCCAAAUGGCGCCUAAGCUCUCAUCCAGUCCUCUUUCUGGUCAUAACCAGUCGCUACCAAGGCAUCAAAAACCAGUGCAAUCGCAAGCAAUGACUGUAGCGGAGAGAAAACGACAAUUAUCCGCGUCUGCGGCUUCUGGCUCUUCAAAAGUAUUGCCAGACAAACAAGACUCCCCGGUAUCUUCUACU